UUAAAUAUACAAUAUUUACUCCAUGGUCACGCGAUUUUCAAUAAAAAGCGCUGGAAGACAAAGACCGGUCAUCAGUCUUAAAAGCACAAUCGACAUGAAAUACUUCAACCUACUGCUCAGCAUCUGCCUGGUUUUCAUGCUGUGCUCCUCAUGGGCCGCGGCCUUCUCCAGCCUUGCCACCCCGGAUCCAACCCCACCAACUGGUACUGCCGCCACCGGCUCAUCUACGGGUUUCCCCGGACCGCCAACGGCUGCUACCACAAAUCCCACGCCAGAAGUCAGUACUGCGUUUUCAAUUUACGGAUAAAAUCAUAGAAAAUUAAUGAAUUAAAAAUUCAACUGCAAUUAUA